AGCGAUCAGUCAUCAGUUCCGCCGUCAAAAUGGACUCAAAUAAGGACGAAGCGGAUCGCUGCAUCGAAAUAGCGAUCGCAGCGCUGCGGGAUAAUGAACAGGACAAAGCCAGACGGUUUCUAGAAAAGGCACAGAGGCUGUUUCCCACCGACAAGGCGAGAUCUUUAUUAGAGUCUAUUAUCAUGAACGGAGGACCUUCCACAAGUGAAGAAAACAAUGGAGAACCUCAUGGUAUACGAAAUAGAAACCACAAAACGGAAGAUCAGUCCUCUGGUCAUAGUGCCACAGAAUCAGCCAAACCUUACACAUCAGAGCAACUGGAUGCUGUCAAAAGAAUAAAGAGAUGUAAGGACUAUUAUGAGACUCUUGGAGUCAGUAAAGAAGCCUCUGAGGAGGAUUUGAAGAAAGCUUACCGAAAAUUGGCUCUGAAGUUUCAUCCAGAUAAAAACCAUGCACCUGGUGCCACUGAAGCAUUUAAAGCUAUAGGUAAUGCGUACGCUGUUCUUAGUAAUCCUGAAAAAAGAAGGCAGUAUGAUGUCUACGGUGAAGAAAAAGCUCACCCUACUCACAGGCACAGGACCUAUCAUAGAAAUUUCGAGGCAGAUAUUUCCCCUGAGGAUCUGUUCAACAUGUUCUUUGGAGGUGGAUUUCCAACCAGUAAUGUGCAUGUGUACAGCAAUGGCAGGAUGAGGUUUGGCCACCAACAGAGACACGAACGACAAGAACAACAGAGGGAGGGUGGCCUUGCAUUGUUUGUCCAGCUGAUGCCCAUACUCAUUCUGAUAAUAGUCUCUGCUCUCAGCCAGAUGAUGGUUUCCAGUCCUCCAUACAGCCUCAGCCAUAGACCAUCCUUGGGCCACACAAACAGGCGACAAACUGCAACUCUGAAGGUGCCUUACUAUGUGGGCGACCACUUCUCAGAAGAAUAUAAGGGGAUGAAUCUCAAGAAUGUUGAACAAAGUGUGGAGGAGGACUAUAUAUCCAACCUGAGAAACAACUGCUGGAAGGAGAAACAGCAAAAGGAAGGCUUGUUGUAUCGGGCACGUUACUUUGGGGAUUCUGACUUGUACCAAAGGGCGCAGAAAAUGGCGACACCCAGUUGCUCGAAACUUUCCGAUAUACAGGUUGUGCUACACGGACACUGAGUAGCAGAAAGUAGUGUCCUGUCAUGACGUCAUUCUCACGAUGAUCGUGUACAGAAAAGUUCUGUUCUUCAUGCUAAAAUGGGACAUUUGCAUUGCACCAGUUCAAGAAAAGCAAAGAUAGCUGAUCCUGGUGCAACAAGAGUUCACUCAUCUCUCCUUCCAAAUCUGCAGAAAAUCCUUGAGAUCCUUGAAAACGGCUUUAAAUACGGAUUUAUUAAUGAAAUCGUUUAGGAAUUAAUAAUCUGAUGACUUGCUGGUAGAGAGGGAAGUACACCGCUGUUAAAUGGUAGUUGAUGCUGCUAGCUUACUGCUUUGUCUUUUUUUUUUAUCAUUUACACCUCUUUUCUUUUUGAAGCAUUUUUUCAACACCCAUGUUUGGGUUUUCUGAGCCAACUCUGACGUUUCUAGUAGUGUUUAAAUCUAUUAUCUGACCACAGAAAUAUAAAAGAUAUGUAGAUGUCAUUCAGGAUUGACAGAAUUGUUCACUGGAUUUUUAAAAAGAAUGUUUGAGAUUUAUGAACAUGGAAAUUAAUAUUUGUAUUUAUUAAAUUGUGUCAUACUA